AUGAUUUACAAGUUUUUUUUUUUCGCCCUCGUGGUGGUCUUCCUCCACUGCGUACAGGAUGUGGCGUCCUACCUACCCGGGAUGAACCCAACGAUCUACAAAAAGGGCGACAAAGUAAUCAUCAGCGUGAAGAACCUGUCCAGCCGGAGAGCGGUCACAUCCCUGGAUUACUUCAACUUCCCACUUUGCUCCUCGGAUAAUGCUAGCAUAUCGGGAGAUGAGGCACCUAACAUUUUUAAAAUUCUCUCUGGGGAUAGUUUGCACACCACAUCUAUACAGACUACCUUCCUGAACGAUACCAGCUGUGCCUUCUACUGUAGAAUCUACAUCGAUGACAACGCAUAUGAUAAGUUCAAGCACCUCAUUCUGUAUAACUACAAUAUGAUCUAUUCGGUAGAUAAUUUGGACAUUUUCCGGCAGGACCCUCGACGGAAGGGCUUCUACUACACGGGCAUCCCCGUUGGCUACAUCCAGGAUAAGAACUACGUGCUGUACACCUACUUCCAGAUCACCAUCCUUUACAACAACAACGGGGGUCAGUCGGACGGGAACUACAUCGUGGGGUUCGAGGUGGAGCCCAAGAGCGUCGACUUCGAGCAGAACGAGCAGUGCCAGCAUAACGAAGCCACCAUGCCGAUGGAGAAAAAUAAAUACGUGACGUUUAAGUACGACAUAAAGUAUGUGCAAAGUGAGAACUCCUUCCAACACAGAUCAGAACACUACUACAGAAAUCUAAACGACCAAAGUAUGAUCCAUUGGUUUUCUAUAAUAAACAGCAUCAUCCUUUUUAUUCUCCUUUGCUUUUUCAUAAGUUCCAUUCUUAUAAAAGCGUUACAUAAGGAUAUAAACAAAUACAACCGACUGAACACCAACAUAUUUGAAACAGACGAUAUUGAUGACCGUGGGUGGAAGUUGGUCCAUGGGGAUGUCUUCAGGAAACCUAUAAACUCUACCUUCUUUUCAGCUUUUGUUGGUGUAGGCAUACAGAUCAUUUUUAUGCUUCUCGUCUGUGCGUUGGUUCUACUCAUUGGGGUAUAUAAGUACAAGCACAGGUAUCGAUACGUCCAAGUUAUGUUUUUCCUAUGGACCUUCAUUAGCAGCAUUUCUGGGUACUCCUCGUCCCGUCUCUACAAGCUGUUUAGGAGCAAACAUGUGAAGCUAACCAUUUUUAGGACCUCCCUCAUCUACCCUGCCAUUUUAUUUUUUAUUUUUUUCCUAAUCAAUCUUGUCCUCCAUUAUGAGCACUCCAACACGGCUAUUUCCUUCUCCUCCCUAACGUUCGUUUGCGUCCUUUGGUUCGGGAUAUCUGUGCCGCUCAUUUGUUUGGGGUCCUACAUUGGGAAUAAGAAGAACCCAAUAGAGUUGCCCGUGCGGGUGAAUAACAUUCCAAGACACAUUCCGAAGCAGCCCCUCCUCAACUCCUUCUUCGUCUCCUCCUUCUUGGUCGGCCUCAUCCUCUUCGCGAGCAUGUACACCGAGCUGUUCUUCCUCUUCACGUCCCUCUGGAAAAGCAACAUGUACUACCUCUUCGGGUUCCUCUUUUUGGUGAUUUUCCUUCUCGGAUUACUGAGCGCCCAACUGUCCAUCGCCCUGACGUACUACUCCCUCUCCUGCGAGGACUACAACUGGUGGUGGAAAUCCUUCGUGGCACCCGGCUCAUCAGGACUGUUCCUCUUCCUCUACUCGAUUUAUUACUUCUUCGCCAAACUAAGCAUCUCCAGUUUUGCCGAAACGUUUAUUUAUUUUGCCUACUCGUUUAUCAUGUCCUACACGUGCUUCAUCUACACGGGCACGGCGGGCUUCCUCGCCUCCUUCGUCUUCCUCAGGAAAAUCUACUCCUCGAUAAAGGUGGACUGA